AUGGGGCUCAAAUCGCUUUUCCGACGUCAUGACGACGACAACGAUGAAGCCAGCUCCAGCAAUCCACCGCCAUCAUACUCAGACGCGGAUAAGAGCCACGAUCACGGACCUCCUGCAGCCCAAGAUGCGCCUUCUUACGAGCGACCGACAUAUCCUGGUGACUCGACAAUCGUACCCGCGACCCUUAAGUUUCCCCCUCGCCUCAAUGUGUACCUGAGCUGGAAGUCAGGACGCACUUUUCACCUGGGCACCUCAGGCGAAGAAAAGCUCUUCGCCGUCUCGACCUCUUGGGCCGUCAUGGGCAUGAAGAAACCACUCCUCACCAUCUAUGACGGCCCCGAAAAGACGGACCCCGUCCUCGCCGAGACGAGCCCCCUCAACUACACCAUGAGUCAGCGAAGCACCAUUACCCUGCCACCCGGUGCCGCCACCAACCCCGGCACCGCGCCCCUCGUCAUCAACCUCAAGUACGAGUACUCCCUCAAGACCAUCGUCUUCUCCUUCACCCUCGCCGUGCCGCCGCCGCCAAGCCGCAAGGGUGACCCCCCGCAAGAGGAGGCCUUUGAGUGGCGCUCCACCUUCGGCGACGAGGUCAAGCACCUCACGGGCGGGAGCGUCUUCUCCUCCGGCUGGAAGCUCGUGCGCCUGUGGGGGCCCGAGAACCGGUCUGGUGCCGCGGGUCCGGGGUUCGCGAGCGACGGCAAGGAGAUCGUUGCCGUCAUGGCGCGUAGCAUGUCGGCGAGCAUGACCAAAUCGGCGCUGUUCGCGUUCAUGGGCACGGGGCUGACGGGACAAAUGGGGGCGCAGUGGGAACUCGUGGCCCUCGCGUCGGCAAUCCAGAUGUGGUGGGCCUGGACGACGGGCACGGUUUACACGCGUUAA